GGUAAAUGGGCUGCGGAGUUUCGGGAAAGCUUCACUGCGGAGUUUCGGAUUGGCUGGGCGCGAAACCGACCGUCUGACGGCCGUGGUGUGGGGCCGCAGCUGGCGGACUUUUGUGCUUACGCGGAGCGGAGUUUGACGCCUACUCCGCAACUUCAUCCCACAUUCCCACCGGUCUCGAACGGGGGUCGAACAACCAUUCGCUUCCUUUCCGAGAAACCUGGACGUCUUGCAGAGAGUACCUUACACUGUCACUGGAUCAGCGGACGCAACGCAGCCCCCCGACGACGAUUAGACCGCGUAAGCUGACUGCCUUGAAUCCCUUUUCUGAAAGGCACGAGAUACAGACAGAGAGAGAGAGGGAUACGAGAGAGGAUUUCGAAUCGUGAUAUCGCAUAUUUCCACUCUUACCACUUUUUUCCAUCUUUCCUCCGUUUCCCUUCCCCCAUGGUCAAUCGGAUCCAGCUGGCCGUGCCGACCCAUCUGUUAUCCGCCGCCGCCACUGCUCCUGUCUCUUCCCCUUCUCUCCACAGUCCAAGACCCGACGCUGCCGCCGCAGAAGCAGACGCAGCAGCAGCAGAACAAGAAACAGUAGCUGGUCAUCAGACCCAGAAAUCGCAUCAGCAUCAGCAGCAGCAGAACAGAAAGAGGAAAAAAAUGUCCGCCGAAGGCCUGAAAGCGAUGAGUGAUCUGGCGGACGCGGCGGACAAGUCCCGCCAGAAGAGCUGCAACGCCUGCGUCCGGAGCAAGCGCCGCUGCGACAAGCGGACCCCGCGCUGCACCCGCUGUAGCGAGAAGAACUUUUCGUGUGUGUACCAGAACCUGCCGCCCGCCUCUGCCAAUGGAAAUGGCAAUGGUGGUAGUGGUGGUGUUGGAGUUGGAAGCCUCGGCGGCCGGGGCGACUCCUCUUCCUCCGCCGGGGGUAUGAUCAGUAACCCAGACGACACCCUCCAGGCCAUGGACAUUGAGGAGGACUGCGGAAACAUCAACGAUGACCUUCCUCCCUUUGACUUUAACACACUCACCGAUCAUCAUCUUCAACACCAACAACAACAACAACAUCACCAUCACCAACCUCAACUCCAGCAGCAGCCCACGCCCGCGUCGUCGUCAUCCUACCUCGACGGCGGUCUCCCGACAAUAGUGAUGACGGAGGACAUCCACAGCGGCAUCGGCAGCGGUAACAACAGCGGGAGCAACAUCGACAACGCCACGUCGGUGCCGUCGACGUCGUCGCUGAACCUCGACUUGAAUGCCGCAAACGCGCCGUUCGACUUUAACUCGGUCAUGGAUUUCCUGAACGCGGACCCGACGGCCGGCGGCGAGCUCCAGCUUUGGGAGACGCCGUUGACGCCCAUCGUGCAGAAGACCAUGCUGCCCGAGAUUAACCAGCUGAGCCCAUGUGACUGGGAUAACGAGAUGGGGGAAGCAUGCGGUGGCUUCCAACCAUGGCAAAUCCACGAACCAAACUCCCGCAUCGGCCACCUCGUCAGCAUUGUCAAGAACAUGCACGUCGUCUUCGCCCAGACCAAGCAGACCCCCUUCCUCCACCGGCACCUCUACCGCGGCGUCCGCGAGACGCCUAGGCCCCUGAUGGCGGCCUACACUGCCAUCUCGGCGUACGUGGGCAUGACGGAGUCCAACAAGGACUGGGUGAUCCGCGCCCUCUGCGAGGGCGCCAACGAGAUUCUCAAGAGCGGUAGUGGUAGCACUGUCAACGCCAAGGACUCCUCGACGACGACGACAUCAUCGACGACGGCGACAGCAGCAGCAGGGAGCAACAUCACGGGGCACGAGAAGCUCGCGAGGGCGCAGGCUCUGUUUCUGAUCCAAACCGUGCGGUGCUUCGACGGCGACAUAGCGCUGCGCGCGCAGGCGGAGCGGGACAUGGGCGUCCUCGAGAAGUGGUUAAAGGACCUCGAGGGGUUGAGGGACAACUUUGACGAGGUUCAUCUGCUAGAUGACGGCGCGAUGCGCGGGAGGCCGCCGCGGUCGUGGGAGGUGUGGAUUUUCAACGAGUGUGUGCGGCGGACGGUGUUGAUGGGGUAUGUGUUUACGAGCAUGUAUCAGAUGCUCAAGAGUGCUGGUGAUUUUGAUCCUGACCUCGGUCCGUGGCUGAUCCCGCACCGCUGGACCUUCUCGAGGCACCUCUGGGACGCUCAGUCUUCGCCGGCGUUCUUCACUGCGUGGCGCGAGAAGCCCAUGUUCUUAGUCAACAGUUUCUUCGUGCAGGGCGUCGCCAAGAUCAUGCGGCCGGCGGAUGUGGACGAUUUCGCGAGGAUGUUUCUCACUAUGAAUGUUGGUGUUGAGGAGAUGAAGCAUUUCAUGCUCGAAGUGUAAGACAUGUUGGGUUACUUAGGGUGUUUGAUUAGGUUUGGAACCGUACGGUACUGUCUCUAGGCUCUGCGUCCUUAUUUAUAUGACGAACGAGACACUCGGUGGGGUUUACUGCGCAGGUUAUAUUGAUGCUAUAGGAGUUUGGGAGACUUGGUAUAGCGAUUUGUUUACCGCUGUUUGGCACUCUAUUGUGGGUCAUUCUGAUCAGUCUUAAGAAGACCUAGACGCUCACUAUCUUCUAUCUUAACGGGCC